AAUGAAGCCUAUAAUCUUUGCAACAGCCCCGGGCAUGCGGGUUUCAUUGAUGAACCUUGAUCUCUUCUGUGAAAUUCCUGCAGGGCUGAAGAAGCUGCCUCUGGUUCCUGGUUUAGUUGCUAGAAAGAAAAAGAGGAUUCCCUUGAGUUAAGUGUCUUAACUGCUACUUUCCACUAGCUAAAAUCACCAAUGCAUUGGCAAGAACGUUGAUAAUUUGAGGCUUUGGAACUGAACCCCAUCAGUUUCAGCUGGGGUUAUCCAAGUGGUGGGGUGGGAGAAAUCGGAGGUUGGAGGUGUGAAGAUGAACAGGAAGAGUUCCAACACUGCCUUUCUGGAAUUUAUCUAGAGACAUUUGGGUCAAGGGGUUUAUUAGGCAGUCCUCUCUAUAUGUCAACAGUGUACAAAAAAAAAACUUUAUUUUGGUGUCUUUCUAUAUUUCAAGUGCUUUUUUCUUGCUUGUCAGAGAAGAAUCGAGAAAAUGGUGCUGUGCCACCCCUCAGCUCAGCAAACCCUGGUGGCUUUGCUGCCCUCUAUGAACCAGAGAAAGCUGCUGGGACCUUGCAAGGUCUUGGUCAUCUCACGAGCAAUCUCCAGGGACGUGCAAGCAUCUUUGGUGCAUAGCAUCUCUGAAGGGUGUUAGUCUGAAGUCCCACCUCACCCCAAAGGCAGAAAUUGCUUCUGGUACCCAGUGGAUGGGCAGGAAGCUGUGUGCUUGAACCUUUAGGGUCACCCAAGAGAUCUCCAAGUCCUUCCCAACACCUCUACAGAGAUACAGGUGUGGUGCUGAGGUCCUUACAAUUGCCUGGUCUGGUAUUGUCACUCCCAAUACAUCAGAAGCCCUUUCAGUCCAUGGUUGUCUCCCAUCCCAGCUGUACCACAACCUCCCUUAGGUGCUCCAGCAGGCUGUAAAACUCCUGCUCAAGCUGCUCUUGUGUCACCAGACCUGCAGUGAUUUGAAGGACAGGCUUUGGAGACUGAGAAUGGCAGCACCUUUUAGAGAAGGGUAAAAAUGGGAUGUGCGUCUCCCAUUCUCUUCCUCCCCAGGUGGCUCCAUAAAGAAUAGAUGCUACUUUCCAGCAAUAUUCUGGAAAUAUUCUGCCUUAAACCAUGCUAGAGAAGGGCUGGAUCUCAGUUCAGCCAGUGGCUUAGAAGAAUCAUAGAAUGGCUCGGGUUGGAAGGGACCUUAAAAAUCACCUGGUCCCAACCCACUAGAUCAGGUUGGCCAAGGCCCCGUCCAAUCUGGCCUUGAACACCUCCAGAGAAGGGGCAUCCACAGCUUCUCCUUGGCAGGGGAUGGGGCAGGAGAGGAGGAAUGCCUCCUACUCCUCUCUCCCAUGGGUGGGCGAUGCUCAAGGGAUGCAGGGAAAGGGCAUCGGCUCUGUGUCUUCCCCAAGUCCACCUGGAUGCAUGAACCACCAUUGACUCCCAAUGCUCCUGUCCUGUGCCUCUCUCUAUUUGUUGUUCUUUACAUGUUUUGGCUUUUCCCUGGCAGAAGAGGAUGGAAGAUGAAAAGCAGAAGGUUCUCAGCAAAUGUGCUCAGAUGCACAAGUUCUAGGAUGAGAAGGAGGUGUGCUUGCUCUCUCAGCUGGAAAAUCUGCACAUGGAAAUACAGAAAUCGGGGAAAGAAACCCUCACCAGGCUUUCAGAGGAGCUGUCGAGAGUGGACAGGUUGAUUGAGGAGAUGGAGAGGAAAUGCCAGCAGCCAGGAUGUGGAAUCCUGAAGGAUAUCAAAAACAACUUGAGCAGGUAGGUGAUCCUUCUACCAAAACCAAGCAUCAUCCCAGAACAAGUCUGUGGCCAGUGCUGGUGGCUCCCUAUGUGAUCCAAACACUGGAUGAAGCAAAUCAAAGAACGUCUACAAAGGUGGGAGAGAGAGAUGCUCUUACAGACAAUGAAGAUGGAGAGCGGUGAUCCUCUCCCGGAGGCAGAGCCAUGGCUUCGCAGAGCCCCUCGGAGAGCCUGCAAGGUGAAGCCUCCUGUUCCAUCUGCCUGGGCUAUUUCCAGGAGCCCGUCUCCAUCCCCUGUGGCCACAACUUCUGCCGGGAAUGCAUCACCCGCUGCUGGGAAGGGCUGGAGGCCAACUUCUCCUGCCCCCAGUGCAGGCAGACGGCUUCGCACAAAAGUUUCCGUCCCAGCAGGGAGCUGGCCAAGAUCGCCGAAAUCGCCCAGCAGCUGAGCCUGCAGGCAGGCAGAGGAGCAGCGGGGCACGAGGGUUGGUGCCAGCAGCACCAGGAGGCUCUGAAACUCUUCUGCAAGGAGGACCAGCAGCCCAUCUGCACGGUAUGCGACCGGUCCCAAGCUCACCGCUUCCACACCGUGCUCCCCGCCGAAGAGGCUGCCCAAGAGUACAAGGAAGAAAUCCAGGCUCGCCUCCAGCUUUUAAAGGAAGAGAGAGAAAAAUACCUGGAAAGCAGAAAAUCCAGAGCAAGGAAAAACUUGUACUUGGAGAAAACCAAAAACGAAGGGAAGAAGAUAGUGUGUGAAUUCGAGCAGUUGCACCAGUUUUUGAAAGACCAAGAGCGCCUCCUCCUGACCCAGCUGGCAGAUCUGGACCGGGCCAUCUCCAGGGUCCAGGAGGAAGCAGUGGUGAAGGUCUCAGAGGAGAUGGCCCACCUCGACACCCUGAUCUGGGAGAUGGAGGGGAAAUUCCAGCAGCCGGCGAGCAAAUUCCUGCUGGACAUCAGAAGGCUCUUGAAAAGCUGUGAGGUGAUGAAGUUCAACCCUCCAGUGGAGAUUUCCCCCAGUCUGGAAAGAAGACUUGAGGACUUUCUUCAGAAAAAUGUCCUCGUGAGAUGCACGUUAAGGAAAUGCCAAGAUAGCCUGAUGUUUAAAUUGCAAGAGCCAACCAACGUGACCCUGGACCCAGCCACGGCUCACCCCAACCUCCAUCUCUCUGAGGACCAAAAACAAGUCAGGGGUCAACUGGUGCCGCAGGACCUCCCGGACAACCCAGAGAGAUUCGACUUUGAGCCUUGCGUGCUGGGCUGCCAGGGCUUCACCUCGGGGAGGCAUUUUUGGGAGGUGGAGGUGGGACAGGGGGGUGUCUGGGCUCUAGGGGUGGCCCGAGAGACAGCGAAGAGGAAGGGACCCAUGAGCCUCACCCCCAAGGAGGGUAUCUGGGCGCUGGAGGCUUAUCACUCCCUUACAUCCCCCCGUGCCAACGUGCGCCUGAACCAGCUUCCCAGGAGGAUAUGGGUCUCCUUGGACUACGAAGGGGGUCGGGUGGCAUUUUUCAGCUCGGAUGACGGUGCUCCCAUCUUGGUUUAUAGCAGGGCUUCAUUCAAUGGAGAGAGGGUCCUCCCUUGGUUCAAGAUGGGGAUGGGGGCCCGCUUGCAAGAAAUCACCCAAAACUCAUCCUCAGAGGAGCAGUCCAUGACUGGGCAGCUGAUGUCCCCUCUGGAUUGGGUUGGGUUCAGGUCUCCCCUCCGGAUUUCCCAGGACUGGGGAGGAACAGGAAGAGAAAGAUCCAGCCCCAUCAAAGGGAUAAAAACAGGUUUUCUUAGUUUGCUUCAGAAGAAAUUCAGACAGAUAUUAGGUUUUCUGAAGGAAGCGAGAGAAGGUCUCCGAGGAAGGAGAGCUACCCUGGAGUGCAGAAACCUGGAGGAUCUGCUGGAAGACCUGAAAAAUGAGAUUGAGAAGAGGCAAGCAAAAGCCAGCACCAAGCUCUCAGAGGAGAUUUCCCAGCUGGACAGCCUGACAAAAGCACAGGAUAAGAAGAGCCAGCAAUCGGACGUGAAAAGCCUUGUGACCAGGUGUGGGAAAGUGACUUUCCAGUUGCCAGUGAAUGUUUCACCAGAGCCAGAAGAGAGAUUCUGUCAUUUCUCAUGGAGGAGUAGCGCUCUGAAGGAAACCCUGAAGAAGCUUCAAGCCAGCAUCACCCUGGACCCUGACACGGCUCACCCCGACCUCAUCCUCUCUGAGGACCGAAAGAGCGUAAGACGUGGGGAAGCACGGCAGGACCUGCCCGAUAACCCCAAAAGAUUCGACUACUGGCCCUUCGUGUUGGGCUACCAGAGCUUUGCCACCGGGCGGCACUGCUGGGAGGUGGAGGUGGGGGAUGAAGGGGACUGGGCCAUUGGGGUGGCCAAAGAGUCCAUCGCUCGGAAGGGACAACUCAGCCUCUGUCCCAAAGGGGGGAUUUGGGGAGUGGAGAAGUGGGGGGGACAGGUCCGGGCACUAACCACCCACAAGGUGACCCUCCUACCCCUGCGGAUGUUGCCCAGGAGGGUCAGCGUCCACCUGGACUAUGCUGGAGGGACGGUGGCAUUUUUCGACGCUGACGAAGGGGGGCUUAUAUUCAUUUUUUCCCGAGCUUCAUUCACUGGGGAGAGGGUCCGCCCAUGGCUCUGGGUGGUGGGGGCCAGGUCUCAGCUCAGGCUGUGUCCCUGAGACACGAACAUCAGCAUCCCUCCACCUUCCAUUGCCUCGUUGGACAACCGCUUGCUUC